AUGUCACUAAGGCGAUCCGCCCGAUUGGGCUCCAUCCCAGCCAUCAAAGCACCAGCGCAAAGCUCCGCACCCAAAAUGACAAGGGUGCAGAACAACGCAGUCACAAAGCCCCGCAAGACCUCUCCAACCAAGAAAGCAGCUCCAAAAGCAAACACCAAGACGCCCACAAACUCAGGAAGCUCAUAUUGGUCCCCGGAACCACUAGCACUCGACAAAACGGCACAAAACCCAGCUACUAAUACCGCCGCAAAUAACAGACUUCACACACCACCCCCUCUCGACCGUCCUGUCGACCCUCACCGAACAAACGCAACCCUUCUCACACCCCACGGCUCCUCAGUAGCCGCAUACCCAUCCCAUGCAGAAGAUGCCUCGCCUUCAAAGACAGGACUUCCCCGUCCCGCAGCUACAACAGGCACCCUACUCGACCAAGCAGUAGCGCAUCUAAUCGCCACAGAUCCACGCCUGAAACCCGUUAUCGAACAGCAUCCAUGCCCGCUCUUCUCGCCAGAAGGUCUCGCCGAGAAAGUCGACCCCUUCAACAGCCUGUCGAGCAGUAUAAUCGGACAACAAGUCUCCGGCGCCGCAGCGAAAUCCAUCCGCAAUAAAUUCCUGGCACUGUUCCAAAUUGAACCUAGCGAGGAUGGCUCGCGCUCCCGAUUUCCUUUACCGGAAGAGGUUGCAAAGUGCGAUAUACCUACCCUGCGGACGGCAGGACUAUCCCAGCGCAAGGCGGAGUAUAUACAAGGAUUGGCAGAGAAGUUCGCGAAUGGAGAGCUUAGUGCCCAGAAACUAGCUAAGGCUAGCGAUGAGGAGCUUGUUGAGAUGUUGAUUGCUGUGCGUGGGUUGGGGAAGUGGUCUGUGGAGAUGUUUGCGACUUUUGCGCUGAAGCGUACUGACGUCUUCUCGACUGGGGAUUUGGGUGUGCAACGGGGUUGUGCCGCGUUUGUGGGGCGAGAUGUAAGUAAGUUGAAAGGCAAGGGUGGUGGUAAGUUUAAGUAUAUGUCGGAAAAGGAUAUGCUAGAACUGGCUGCAAAGUUUUCGCCUUAUAGAAGCCUUUUCAUGUGGUAUAUGUGGCGGAUUGAGAAUGUUGAUGUUGCUGUUCUGACUGGGUGA